AUCUGACAGCGAAUUGAUUCAAGUUACUCUGUUUUCUUUUCACAUCUUAUCGAUAUUUAUAAAGAACAAACAUGACAACAGGUCAAGGUUCAACAUAAGAACAAUUUUCAGGGCCUGGUAAAAAUUAUCUAAUGUACAAAUGAAAAUGUACUAAUGACUUAGAUCCUUAAAUAGUUUUACUUAUGGUUAACUUCCUGUUUGAGUUGGCAUGCUUUUAUUUUAAAGGGACAACUUCCUGUUUAACUCUUAGCGCAAAUGGAGCUUAACGGAAAUCUAAAGACAAGAUAAUUUGAAGCAGAGUUUAAAAUGCAUCUUGUUAAAAAACAGCCCCCUAGAUAGAGGCACAAGGAAGUGUUAAACGGAGUUGCUUCCGGUCCAAAUUUCCGGUCCUGGCCUCGUUGUGGUUGCGGAGGUGUGGGCAGGUCCCUGCAGAAACUCCCUGCGGGGGGAUAACGCAUCGUAGACGGGCUGAAGGCUGUCCGGAUCCCGGCGGUAGCAGCAGCAGGUCCGCCGCUUGGAGCCGUCAAGAUGUCGGUGUCCGGAAUGAAGAAGCAGUUCCACAAAGCCAGCCAGCUUCUGAACGAGCGCCUGAUGGGAGCUGAGGGAACCAAACUGGAUGAAGAUUUCCUGAAGAUGGAGAAGACUGUCGCAGUGAUGAACGUUCUGCUGGGUGAGCUGAUGUCCAGAACCACAGAGCUACUCCAGCCAAACCCAGCCUACAGAGCUAAACUGAGCAUGCUCAGCACAGUGUCCAGGAUCCGAGGACAGGUGCGGACGGUGGGAUACCCGCAGACAGAGGGAAUGCUGGGGAAGUGCAUGUUGUUCUACGGCCAGGAGCUCGGACCUGCUUCUGAAUUUGGCGGCGCUCUGAUGGAUGUGGGCGGAGCUCUGCAGAAGGUUGGCCAGGCCAAAGACGCUCUGGACGUCGGCAUCAAGCGGACGUUCAUCGACCCUCUGCAGGGGCUGCAGCAGUCAGACAUGAAGCAGAUCAAGUACCAGCUGAAGAAGGUGAACGGCCAGCGGCUCGAUUUUGACUAUAAGAAGAGACGAAGAGGAAAAGUGUCAACAGAAAGCGUUCGGCUGGCGUGGGAUAAGUUUAUGACGUCCAAAGAGCUGGCAGAGAGGAGCAUGUUCGUCCUGCUGGACAGUGAUGUGGAUCUGAUCGGCCCGCUGGCUGCUCUGAUCGCCGCUCUGCUCGACUUCCACCGCAACGCCCAGCGCGUCCUGCUGGACCUGCAAAGCGACCUGCAGGCCAGGUUGACUGCUGCCAGUAACAAACCAGCUCGCCAGUUCAGAUCCGAAAAGAUUCGGGUCGAGGGCGACCCCAACGGUACCGUCGGGUUUUACCACCAGCUGUCAGCUGCGGCUCCUCGGUCUUCAGGAGAAGAGAGCUCAGUGAUAACAUCCAGCCCAGACAGCUUCAUCUCCAACUUUGCUGACUGUAAGCUGCUCCUGAAUCAGCCUUGUUGCCGGGCGAUUUACUCCUUCACGUCGAAACGCGACGACGAGCUGGACUUCAGCGAGGGAGAGGUCAUCGUGCUCACCGGCCAGGUUGACGGCGACUGGUACGAGGGAACGCUCGGGGAGCGAUCCGGGCUUCUACCUGUCAGCUACGUGGAGGUGCUGGUGCCUCUGCCGUUACCGUGACAACGUCUCAUUGGACUCUGGAGCUGGAUGUCGGUCCGACUUCUGAUGAUAUGCAAGUUUUGACGCGUCUGUUUGCACUUUUCUAUAAGUGAAUCCGUUAUAAAGAGAAACGGAGUCGACGGGUGCCUUCAGGAGAAUCCUUCUCACUGCGUUUUGUUCUUUUUUCAUAAAUCGUAGUUUGUGAAAACACAAAAAAAAAACUUCA